UUAAAAAAAACCUCCUCACAGCCAAUCGUAAAGUCCUGAGUCCUGAGGACAGACUCAUAUCGGGCAGCGUCACUGCACCGACCCCUUCUUCCCUGCAGGAUGCUCCUCUUGCUGGGCCUGGCUUUCUUCCUCUCUGCGAGUUGUUCCAUGGAGAUGAACCAGACCUCCAAGAUACUGGUGGAAGGUGGAGAGCAGUGUUCUGCCUGCGACUUCCGGGAGCACAGCAAGCAGAUGAGGCUCCACAGCAUCAAGUCCCAGAUCCUGAGUAUCCUGAGACUCGAACAGGCUCCCAACAUCAGCCGGGACAUGAUCCGCCAGCUGCUGCCCAAAGCGCCGCCUCUGACGCAGAUCCUGGACCAGUACGACUCGCGCGUGGAGGAAGAGGAGCACGCCACCACGGAGACCAUCAUCACCAUGGCCACUAAGCCUAAUCCCAUGGACCUGGAGGAGUUGUCCUUUUGUUGUCUGUUCAGCCUCAGUCCGAAGAUCCAACCCAAGAACAUCCUGCGCGCUCAGCUGUGGGUUCACCUGCGUCCGGCCGACACAGUGACCACCAUCUUCCUGCAGAUCUCCCACCUCAAACCGGGGAAGGAGGGAAACAACACGCGAGUGCGAGUCCGCUCACUGAAGAUCGAGGCUGACGCCGGCGCCGGAUCCUGGCAGAGCAUCGACAUCAAAUCUCUGCUUCAGGCCUGGCUGCGCCAACCGGAGAACAACUACGGCAUCGAGAUCAACGCCUUCGACUCCACCGGACAAGAUCUGGCCGUCACAUCAGCGGAGCCUGGAGAGGAAGGGCUGCAACCGUUCAUUGAAGUGAAGAUCCUCGACAACCCGAAGAGAUCCCGCCGUGACUCCGGCCUCAACUGCGACGAGGAUUCUUCAGAAACUCGCUGCUGCCUCUACACGCUCACCGUGGACUUCGAGGAGUUCGGCUGGGACUGGAUCAUCGCGCCCAAACGCUACCGGGCCAACUACUGCUCGGGGGAAUGUGAGUUCAUGCACCUGCAGCAGUACCCGCAUGCACACCUGGUGAACAAAGCCAACCCUCGAGGCUCCGCGGGACCCUGCUGCACGCCCACCAAGAUGUCGGCCAUCAACAUGCUCUACUUCAACCGCAAAGAACAGAUCAUCUACGGAAAGAUCCCGUCAAUGGUGGUCGACCACUGCGGAUGUUCCUGAGGGAAACCUGCAGGAGGAAGGCAUGGAGAUAGAAGGAGUAUUUACACAUACAACCACUGCCCAAAAGAACAUAAGGACUACAGACCAAUAGCCCUUACCUCAGUCAUUAGGAAAUCAUUAGAAAUCAUUCUUCUCUGUUUUCUUAUCAGUUCAACAAAAGACAAACUUCAUCCAUACCAAUUUGCAUAUAAGCUAGUUGUGUUACAGAAGAAGCUGUUGCUGCUCUUGUUCAUAUCACUAACCAUUUAGAUAAGGACAGGACUUUACAAAAUAUAGUUACUCUCAUGUUUAUGUUGUGCAAAGUGUUGUGUUUUGAAUAACUGUCCACUGGUGGGGGAACAUUUGAAUGCACACAAAGUGAAGUAUCCCUGCUGCUUCAUGUCCUCAUGGCUUAUGAAAAGCUGUCCUGAUUUGAGCCUUGACCAGAGCAAACCCUGCAGGACUUCUUCCAUGUGCGCCCUUUAUUUUGAAAAACAUGAACCUAAUGGCCGAGCUUACAUUGACCUUUCCCUUCCCAAAGCUUGUCUGCAAACUCCUCGCUGUGAUCUGUUCUUUGUGAGCGUAACGGGGAUAGGCAGAGAGUUCUUAGAAUUGUUUUGAACCUGAACAGCACAAUGAAAACCUCGGAAAUCAAACACAGUUCUUAUCACUGGGUUGCAUCAAACAUUUUCCUUCUUCUGUGCAUUUUUGCAAUUUCUCUUCUUCAUGUUCCCUAGCUUGCACGCACUACACAUUUAGAGGAUAAAGAGUGGAUGGAUACUGGAUUGAAAAGCAGUAUUUCAGUGCCUUCAAAGUGACGGAGUUGGGAUGAGAAGUGCACCAUUUAACCUUUUUAGUGAUGUCAAAGUAUACUGACACACCCUUUGUGUACAAUUCUACAUCACUGCAGCAGGACGAGGUGCUGAACACAAGAGGUCAGCAAAAGCAAGAUUGAAGGUGAUGAAAGACAUUACAAUGAAUGCUAUUAGAGCCAAAGGACCUCCUCAUAUACACAAACAUUGAUUUGCAUGGCUCUAACACAAAAGAAGACCUUUAACUUUCACCCUAACCAUACUUUAAUGGAAGAAAGUAUUGCCAGCGUUUAAGUGGAUGUUGUGUGCUGUAGUGUGCAAACAGUCGGGGAAGAUUUCAUCUGGAUCCAUCUGCCAGUUUCAAUGUGAGCGCAGAAACUGUGAUCUCAGGGGGAGGCUUGAACUCAAUCCGAAGCCAUGUGCAGAUGUCCUGAAUGUUGUUGUUCUUCACGGGGCUUUGUUCUUCUGCCGAUGGAACAGAACGUCCACGGAUAACAGCGAACACAACGUACAAGAUAUCUGGUGCAUAUAAGAUAAGAUGAGAGGUACUUUAUUGAUCCCAAUUUGGUAAAUGUUUGACACAAUAUAACGCAGGAUAUUAUUUACAUUAAGAGUGUAAAUGUGUCCAAAGAGAAGCUAUGCAGCAGUGAGUUCUCGAAUAGUGGUUUGCUUACCUGCUGAAAAAGGCAGAUUGUUUCAUUAUGCUCAUCUCUAUAGGUUAUAGCUUUCAUUAAAUAAGACACAUGUAUCCACUGGAACAGGGGGGUCAAACUCAAAUACACAGCGGGUCAAAAUAAAAAAUGGGUAGGGCCGGACUGGUUCAAUGUUUAUU